UCGAGCAGUCCCAGUUUCGCGGCCGCCACGAAAGCAUGCCCCGGUCCGGCAGCUUCGCCGGGUACAUACUGGCUCGACGACCAGGAUCAUAAUGGAGAUGGCGCGGGAUACGCACCUUACGCCAAGACGACCAACAGAUACCCAGUCUAUCGCAAUGUCAUGGACUACUCGGUUGUCAAUGACGGAUCGGGCGACCAGACAAGUAAUCUGCAGAAGGCGAUCGACGACGACGGCAACGGUGGGACCCGCAAAGGAAAAGGAGUAACGCGAUUUCCUGCUGAAGUGUUCUUGCCUGGUGGUACGUAUCAGCUGGAAAGCACACUGAACUUGACGGUGGGGACCAUCAUCGUUGGAGACCCUCUGAACCCGCCUAUCCUCGCCGCCGCUGCGAACUUUCGUGGUCAAUAUCUCGUCAUGGGAUAUGACGAAGAAAAUGGACCCCCGGAGACCAGCUUUAUGACGCUCGUGAAGAAUGUCAUCUUGGAUACCACAGCCAUCAACGCCAACAGUACCAUUACUGCCUUGCAGUGGGGAGUCGCGCAGGGGUCUGGCUUGACAAAUGUGCAAAUCCGCAUGCCGAUACCCUCGACUGGGCAUACAGGAAUUGAUAUUGACGCCGGAUCGACUAUUGCUGUGACGGAUGUGUACAUAACCGGUGGCGCGAUUGGCAUUAAAAAUUCGAACCAGCAAGUCAACUUCAAGGAUAUCUAUUUCAAGUCCUGUGGCACUGCUUUCGACGCGGCGGGAGGAUGGACGGUGCUGCUCGAGGGCGCUAUCUUCAAUGACUGCGGGACUGGGAUCAACAUGACCGAGAACUCGCUGGGAAGUUUGGUGCUUCUCGAUUCGACAUCGAUGAACUCCGGUCCAGUCAUCCGGUUUUAUGACUCGUCCAACGAUCCAGGAGGCCGAAAUAGCCAGUUCACCAUUCAAAAUCUGGCACAUUAUACGGACGCUCCUAUUGCGGUUGAUGCUGAGGGCAAUGUCCGGCUGCCCGCCACUCGCCAUGUCGACACUUGGAACUGGGGCACUAUCGCCCCCGGUAGAUACCAGACUGGGGGAAGUUGGUCGACCACGCGUUCAGAGAAACUUCUUGUGGACGGAAAAUACUUCACCAAAAGUCAGCCCACCUAUGGUGACUUCAACAGCGACCAAAUUGUCAAUGUCAAGACUGUUCCCGGCCACACGGUUUCGGGCGAUGGCAUAGCAGAUGAUACUGCAUCCUUGAACGCCAUCUUGGCGCAGAAUGCCGCCGACUGCAAGAUCAGCUAUAUCCCCUUUGGGAUUUACAGAGUCACGGAUACCAUACUCAUUCCGGUGGGAUCUCGUAUCGUGGGUGAAGCGUGGUCCGUUAUUUCUGGGUACGGCGAGGCUUUCGGUGAUGCCAGUAAUCCUAAGCCCGUCGUCAGGGUCGGGAACCCCGGCGAUGUGGGCCUCAUUGAGAUUCAAGACAUGCGGUUCGCGGUAGGCGAGAUUCUCCCCGGGGCCAAAAUCGUCGAGGUUAACGCCGCCGGUGAAUCUCCUGGGGACGUUGGACUAUGGAACACGAUGGUGACAGUAGGCGGCACGGUCGACACGAACAUUUCCCGCUCCUGCACAUCCCAGGACCCAAAGAACUGCAUGGCCGCGUUCAUGGUGAUGCAUCUGACGCAGAGUUCGUCGGCAUACAUCGAGAACUUCUGGGGAUGGACUGCAGACCAUAACCUGGACAGCGACUUGACCACCAUCGUCUCCACCGGCCGUGGAGUGCUCGUGGAGUCGACCAAGGGCACUUGGCUGACCGGCACAGGCUCGGAACAUCACUGGCUCUACAACUACAACUUCCACAAAGCGCAGAACGUCUACGCCGGGAUGCUGCAAUCGGAGACCCCCUACAUGCAGGGCUCUGGAGAGCUCCAGGCAGCACCAGAGCCUUGGACUGCCAACGCGCGGUACGGCGAUCCAGAUUUUUCAUGGUGCGCAACGGAUGACCGGAAAUGCCGCACUGCGUUGGCCACCAAUAUCGACGGUGGAUCCAACAUCGCGCUGUACAAUUCGGCAGCCUGGGCUUUCUUUGAUGGACCAUGGAAUGGGGCAUACAAUGAACCUUGCAAGGGCAAAUGCCAGGCAAACAUGUUGCGCGUGGUUGAUACGCCGCAGAAUUUGGUCUGGUACUCGAUCAGCACGCGCAUGACGGAGGUCAUGGUGUUGGAUGGAAAGACGAAUCCGCGCGAGAGGAGCCAUCCCGGUGGAUGGGAGGCCAUAAUUCAGGCAUAUCGGCAGUUUGCCACGCGGUGA